AUGGGAGAGAAGAACAAGACACGAGUGGUAGAGUUUGUCUUUCUGGGUUUCUCUGGCAUUCCAGAUGGCCACAUCUACCUCUUCCUGCCAUUCCUAGUCAUUUACUUGGUCACUGUACUGGGAAACCUCAUUAUAUUUACUCUGAUUCAGCUGGAUUCCAGCCUCCGGACCCCCAUGUAUUACUUCCUCAGCCAUCUCUCCUUCCUAGAUAUCUGCAUCUCCUCCGUCACGGUCCCCAAGAUCCUGGUGAACUUCUUGCGCCAGGAAGAAACCAUCACCUACCAUCAAUGCAUGGCCCAGAUGUUCUUCUUACUCUCUUUCUCAGGAGCUGAGGCUGCCAUAUUAGCUGUCAUGGCCUAUGACCGCUAUGCUGCCAUCUGCAAGCCUUUGCAUUACUCCCGCCUCAUGAGCCCCAAGGUGUGCACCAUCCUAGCCUUGGCCACUUGGAUCUGGGGCACCCUAGACUCCGCUCUCCAUACAGCGCUCAGCACCAAAUUGUCCUUUUGUGGAGUCAACCAGAUUCACCACAUCUACUGUGAUCUGCCCCCACUAAUGGAAAUUGCUUGCAACGAUGCACGCAUCAAUGAACUUGUCAUCCAUAUCACAAGCCUUUUUGUGGGUGGGGGACCCUUCUUCUUCAUCAUUCUCUCCUAUGGCUUCAUCCUGUCCUCCAUCUUGAAGAUCCGUUCCACCAACACCAAGCGCAAAGCCUUUUCCACCUGUGCUUCUCAUGUCACUGUUGUCAUCAUUUAUUUUGGAAAUGCAUUGGUUAACUAUGACCGUCCAAGCGCUGGUUAUUCCUUAGAGAUUGACACUCUGGUCUCAACCAUGUUCUGUAUAAUCCCCCCUAUGGUCAACCCCCUCAUCUACAGUCUCCGGAACAAGGACGUGAGAGAGGCCUUCCGGAAGGUUCUAGAAAGCCAGGGGAAGCUGAAACAUCAAGAUACGAUGAAUUACGGCACCAGAGAUUCCCUUUAG